AUGUCAGAGGAAAGUAAUAAAACAUAUUCAGAACUGUAUCCUUCUUAGGGAGAUGGAUUAAGCGGUUUGACAUCAUCGAGUAAUUAGACAAUUAGUAUAAAUGAUGAUAGAUCUAUUAUCAGAUAGUAUUAUGAUAUAAGCCGAAUUGAAUCAGAUUAAAUGAGUUUGAUUGAUGAAUCUAACGAGUCUGAUUCUAUGGCGAUCCCCUCUAGAUUAGAAAUGAUACACUAAGGCAUCAAGAAUAGAAACAUAUUUUUUGAAAAAGAAGUUGCACCAUUAAUAGACCAACAUAACCAGUAGCAUAAUUGUAUUCACAAAACAUAUCUUAAUAAUCUGCGCCAUGAUAUAAUAAGAAUUAGCGAGGAUGGUGAUGAAGAAAUAGAAUUUGAAGAUUUUGAUAAGAUUGAUUUAAGAAGACCAAUUUUGAAUGUUCUUCUCGGAUACCAAAUGAUCUGCAGACUUCUGUGUUUUUAUGGAAAUUUAUAAAGUCCAAUAUACUAAUUUCCCUCCUUAAAUGUCUUUAAAAAUGCAAUUCUACUCUUUAAAGAAGAUAAUAGGAUGGUCAAUAAUUUGAAUAGAUUUUAGAUGGAAAAAUAUUUAAGAACAAUUCAGUCUUUUGUUGUUAGAAAUGGCUUGAUUUCAUUGAGAUGA